AGGAUUCGGACCCCAAUGGCAUACAGAAGACUGCUCUGUGCUCGCCAGUACAAUAUCCCCAGGUCUCCUGCUAUAAGUAUAGCUUCUUAAGAAGAAGAAAGCUGUGGAGAAGUGAGUCCCUCUCCAACACUGUCCAAUGAAUGGGAAGAGACCCCAUUGAUCUUCACUGUCAGACAGGAAAUGAACGUGCAAGCCAGAGGAGCACCCAAGCAGGCCUGGCCCAGUUCAUCUCUGGAACAGCGAAUGACAAACGCUGUAAAUCCUGUGCACCUGGAGGCCACAGGCACACACAUCAACAGGCACGUGAGAUUUCAGAACCAGCCCCUUCGCAGCUCCAAAGGAGAUUCUGUCCCAUCUAGUCUUCUUCUGAGGCCGUACACUGCGCUGGGCCUCUGCUGCAGAAGCCAGACCGCCUCUGCCUCGUCCUGGGUCUCCUGGAGUUCAUCAGAGCUCGAGUUGGAGAACAGGGCGGCGGCCACGGUAGAAGCAGCGGCAAACCCAGAUUCCCAAAGCCUGCUCCAGGGCGCGCCCGGAAAUCCAGUCGGAAGAGGCACUGUUGCCAUGGCACUAGAGAUGCUCCCCAAGCAUCCUCAUCCCCCCGGGGAAAGGGGGCCCAGGGCAGACGCCUCCUUCCCCGGCAGUCUGGCAGGAGCGCCCCUUCCUGUGCUUGCCGGUGCUCCCACCCAACUCCCCUCCAAGAGGUUAAUCAAGGUUUGCUCCUCUCCCCCCUCCCGCCCACCCCCGCGUCUCCAUACGGUUUGUUCACAGGCCCCUCCUAGGCCGGGAGUGAAUGCUCACUCACACUGA